GCCUGCUUCAGCCCCCGUAGAAGGGGUUGGGCGCGGUGUUCUCCCGCCAAUUCAAAGCAGUGGCGUGGAACCUAAAAAGAGUAGGAGCGGUUGUGUGAGUCAGGAAGAAGUGUAAAAAACUUGAGUUCUCUUUUAGUUUCUCCAGCUGCAGACAGGGUUUCUCUGUGUAUCCCUGGCUGGCCUAGAAACCCUCUGCAGACAAGGCUGACCUCAAACUCACAGAGAUCAGGUGCUUGUGGGGUCAAGAAGAGGUCAUCAGGUCACCUGGAGCUUGAUGAAAGACGGUGGUCCCUUCCUCUCACAGACAAUCUCAGAAGCAUGUGGAACAAUGUUGAGCUGCUAACAAGUGAUGACACUGGAAGUGGACACAUCAAUGGUGGUUCAAGAAAAGAAAAUGUGACUGCUUUGUAUCAAGUAGACUUACUUGGGAGGAUCUCCUCUGAGAAGGCCUCACUGAAUCCAAAGAUACAAGCAUGCAGCUUAAGUGAUGGCUUUAUAAUUGUUGCAGACCAAACAGUGAUAUUGCUUGACAGGACAUGCAGAACACUUCAGUUGCAUCUUAUAUUUGAUACUGUCGUGGAUGUGGUGGGCCUGUGUCAAGAAGGAAAGUUUCUUUUGGUCGGUGAAAGGAGUGGCAACUUACAUCUUAUCCAUGUAACAUCAAAGCAAACAUUAUUCACCAAA